GUGAAAUGGACUUUUUAUGAAAGAACUUCAGUCCUUUGAACCACUUUGCUUGAUUAAAUUACGUAGAAUAAUGUGAUAAUUAUCAAGAAACAUACAUUUUGGUUGGACUGUGCGAAAGGGACAGUAUGGAAACUGCACUUUUAAAAACUGGAAAUCCACAGUGUCCCCUUUCCUACGGUCUGACCCAAGUUCCUGUUUGGAUAUCACUUUUUGGUCUGGUUCCAAGGAAAAAACACAUCAUUAUUUUUGUCUCCCCUUCAAAAAUGAUAUAUAACUAAAUAUUGCAAUAAUAUAUUUAGUCUGCAAUAAUGUCACAUUCAGAGCAACAGCCUUAUAUGAAAGUUGAAAGAAUAAAAGAGGAAAAGUGCAAGUCAAAAGAGAAUCCUUUUGAUCCAAACAGAAAUUUCAAACAGGAGCCUGUGGGCUAUCAGGAAGAUGAAAUCAUAAUGAAAGAGCUCUAUGCAACAAGAGCGCAUUCAAUGCAACAACCUUAUAUAAAAAUCGAGAGCAUAAAGACAGAGACAGAGACGUCAAAUGAGAGUACCUUGGAUUCAAAAGGAUUUGUCAAACAAGAGCCUAUUGGUGUUCAAGAAGAUGAAAUCAUUACGAAAGAACUGUAUGCUACAAUGUUCCAUCCAGAGAAACAAUUUUAUAUAACUAUUGAAAACAUAAAUGAAGAAGUAAGGCAGUCAAAAAAAAAUCCCUUGGAUCCAAACAGAAAUGUCGAACAAGACCCUGUUGGGGAACUAAGAGAAGAAAACAUCACAAAACAGCUUUACGCAGGUCAUGAAAUCAAGGAUGAGAUGGUCAUAGGACCUGUGGUGUUACAGUGUGCUGAUAAAGCUGAAGCAAACUGUGUGCAGAGCACAUGUGCCAAGGUGAAUUAUGUUACUCGUAUCAGAAAGAAACUCUUUAAGUGUAAUUUUUGCAGCAAAUGCCUAACAACAAAACAAAGUUUAAAGGUUCAUGAAAUUACUCAUACUGGAGAGAAACCAUACAAGUGUGAAAUUUGCCACAAAUAUUUUACAACAAAACAAAAUUUAAAUGUUCACAUAAUGACUCAUACUGGAGAGACACGUUAUAAGUGUGAUAUUUGCUACAAAUGUUUUAAAACAAAACUAAGUUAUAAGUUGCAUGCAAUGAAUCAUACUGGAGAAUCACCAUACAAGUGUGAUAUAUGCAACAAAUGUUUCAAAAUAAAACAAUAUCUUAAAGACCAUAUUUUCACCCAUACUGGAAAAAACCUUUUUAAGUGUCAGCAUUGUAACAAGUUUUUUCUUACAAAUAGUCUUCUUAAGCAACAUUUAAUUAUUCAUGCUGGACAGAAUCUGUUCAAGUGUGAUGUAUGCAACAAAUGCUUAACAACGAAACGAAAUCUUAAAGUGCAUGUAAUGACUCACACUGAAGUGUCACCAUACAAGUGUGAUAUUUGCAAUAAAAGUUUUAGUAAUCAACGCUAUCUUAAGGCGCAUGUACUUACUCAUAAUGGAGAGUCACCAUUUAAAUGUGAUAUAUGCAACAAAUGUUUUAGUAAACGAUGCUAUCUUAAAGCGCAUCUACUAGUUCAUACUGGAGAGUCACCAUUUAAGUGUGAUAUUUGCAACAAAUGUUUUACUAAACAAUGCUAUCUUAAGGCGCAUGUAUUGAUUCAUACCGGAGAAUCACCAUUUAAGUGUGAUAUUUGCAACAAACUUUUAACAACAAAACAAAAUCUUAAAAGGCAUUUAAUGACUCAUACUCAAGAGCCACCAUACAAGUGUGAUAUUUGCAACAAAUGUUUAACAACAAAAAGAAGUCUUAGAAGGCAUGUAACAAAUCAUACUGGAGAGUCACCAUUUAAGUGUGAUAUUUGCAACAAAUAUUUAACAACAAAUCAAAAUCUUAAAAGGCAUAUAAUGUCUCAUACUAAAGAGUCACCAUACAAGUGUGAUUAUUGCAACAAAUGUUUUAAAAUAAAACAGUACCUCAAAGAGCAUAUUUUAAGUAAACACCAGAAUGACAUUGAAAUUCCUAAAGACUUAAUUCCCUUAUCUAUCGUAAAAGUUAGUUAA